UCUGUCCAAAGACUCACAGCCUCUGCUCUCAAUGCCCAAGGUCCCGGGCACAGCACCAUGCCGUGCCAGAAGAACUUUGCUGUGCUGUUCCAGGCAUGGCCCUGGCGUAGGCUGUCUGCAAGAUGGAAAAUUUUGAGUACAGCAUCCAGUUGAACGACCGGGAUUGGGCUGAGUUCUACUUGGCCUCUGAAGAAUGCAGCUUGAUCCAGCCAGCCUUGGCCACAGCUGAUGAGCAGCUCCUCAGUGACCUUGAGGAAGGGGAGACCGAGCAGAGCGGGUUGCUCCGGGUGAGGGUGGGCCCCAUCCCAGUCAACGACUCGGCCAGCUGCCUCCCACGUGGAGCCCCGGAUGGACACCUGCUUGCAAAAGAGUUUUGGUCUGGCAGCGAGGACGAAACAGAUCUGGGCUCUGUCAGCAGGUUUCUGUGCAACAACAACAACGUUGGCAGAGGUUUUUCUCGGUCUUCCCGGACCCAGGAAAGUCAGCUGUCCCAUGCUACUUUGAAGCCAAUGAGAAGUCACUGCAGGCUGCCAGGAUCUGCCGCAGAACGUGAAGCUGUAUCUACUGCCAAGGAGGGAGAGACAGAGAGAGGAGAUCAGCCCAUAAAUCCAGAGUGUUCCCUACCAGUGGUGGUAGCUACUGCUAUCCAAGAGCAGGACUUGCAAGAGCAAAGCCAAAGGCAGGAGAGACUGGAAAGGCCUGCCUGCGCUGAGCGUACAAACUCGGAUGCCACAGAGAGGAUGGACAGCUCAGUGGGAGAAAACAGAAACAGACCCCUUUGCUUGAAGUUGCAACCCCCCAAGGACGAUACACCCCAGGCUGCCUCUGCGGGCGUAAAAUCGAUGGAGAGCCCUGCAGUUUGUGAGGACCCAGAAUCCCCCAAGCCAAGAGACCUAGCUGCGUAUCCAAGUUCUGCACGUCUUCCUUCUUCUGUUUCUGCAGAGAUCAGAGGGGCAGCACACCCAGAGAAGGGUACCAAGCACCCACAGAUCGUCUUGAAGGCCCAGGCAGUGACACCAUUCCAGGAAAAUUCUCCCAAAUCUCAAGGACGUUUGGUUCAAAUAAUGAGGGUGUCGGCACCUUCCCACCUGCCGUCGGAGAGCCACCAUGGAGAAAGUAUGCCAGGAAAAGUGAGCAGGGAAAAAGAAGGUUCAGCGAGCUUCAAAGAUGAGAGGGGAACAACCCAUAGCGAGGACUUAAAAGAGGGAGGCCUAAUUCGCCAAGUAAGGGCUUCUCUCUCUGACAACCGGAUGCGACAAUUUCCAAAAGGACUGGAAGAAAACAGAGGUCCAAGGCCAACUCAAGCAACAGAUUCCAGAUGGGAUGGGAUAUUGGGCAAAGGCAGAGGAACUCUUGCAUCACCAGGAAGGGCGGAGAUGGGCAAGAGCGGAGAGACGUGCCACCAUCUUGGUAGGGCAGUCCCACUUGGAGAGGAACCUCGUACUCUCCUCCAAGGAGACCAGAGAUCUGACUUCUUGGGGGGCUUGAUGCCCGAUUAUCUGACAGAAGAGGACUCUCCGGAAAGUGACGUAACUGCCAUGACGUGGCCGGAAGUGUAUGACUAUUUUUUCUGCGAUGACAGCCAGAAGAAGGGGGAAAAUAUGUGCCAGGAGAUAGGGAAGGAAGAACCAGAUACUGGCCAGCAGCCGCCUGAAAUGGAUGGCCCUGAGAUGUAUGAAUAUUUCUUCCACGAAAUGGAUGAGGCCCAGGUGAGAAACAAAGACAUAGCACAGGAGACAUUAUUCAGUUCUGGCCAUCUGUCGGCGCCCCCUGAUGGCUUGGAGGACCCAGAUUUGGACAAAGACAAAAAUGCCAUGCAGAUAUCCAUCCCUGAGGCGUAUGAACACUUCUUUGCCCACAGCGCAAAGGACAAAAGAAAUUGGAGGGCGGUUUUCCUGAGCAUGCCGGCCUCAGAGGCGAGGAAGGUUGCCAGAGCUUUAAAGUCUCUCGUCAGCAGACCUGCACGCCUUUUCAGGUCACGGCCCACAACCCACGGAGCUCUGCUUCGGAGAGGAUCCCAAGGGACGUUGGUGCUCCUAUCUCCGGGGCUGCUGGAUGAAAAUCAGCCAAGACCUGAAGACCUAAGGAUGGCCAUGAUGCAACCAGAAAGGCCCUUCCAGCCAGUCUUCACGCAACGGGACAUGUGCCUGGGCUUCAUGGCGUUCGCUUCGUGGGCCGUGAAGACCUCCGAUCUGCAGGCCCCGGAUGCCUGGAAGAUUGUGUUGCUGGCAAACUUCGGCACCCUCUCAGCUAUCCGCUACUUCAGACGGCAGGUGGUCACGGAAGCUCAGCAUGGAACCUAAUGGGAAGCAGGUCGAUUCCACCCAAUUCCUGGUGGUCCAUCGAGGAUGCUUUGGAAUGGACACCAUGGUUUCUUUGGAGGCAGGAGAACCAACUUUUGGACAUCUUGUAUUGCUGGACUCACUAGUAUAAUGCCCUACUGGGUGCUAACAAAGUGAAUUAAGUAACACAGAUGGAGUUGGGAAAGAAAAGAUCCUGAUAACACUUUACUGGGAAGACUGAACAAAAACAGUGUAUAAUUCAAGGAGAAAUAAGCAGAGAGGUUUUGUCUUUCUUGGUUCAGGCCUUGUACAGAGUAGGGAGACAUAUCAUCAAACUUAAAGGGGGGAAAGUUCCCUCAGAACUACCUAGCCAACCAAAGCACCUGCUACCUCAGCAAAGUUCAUGCCACUCUACCUGGUUGCUAAGGAACAUCUCCACCACCCUCUUGGUUUGCUGACUUACUGAUAACAGAAUUAAUCCUUAAAUUACAAACGGAAUGAUUUCUGCUGUUGCACUUCUAACACUGGGGAAGAAAGCAAAAAAGGGUGACAGGGAAGAUGGAGGCUUCCACAGAAAUUUGAGUCCGGUUCCAAAGUUGUUGGUGCUCCAAGGUGCACCAGGCUGAAACCUGCAUUUCACUUCUUUGUCUCUUGGUCGGUAACUCACCUUGAAACCAUGGAAGAAGGCAGACUAUAAAUAACUAAACAAACAAACAAAUAAUCCAGCUGCCAGCUAGCUAGUUUAACUAGCUGCUCAUGCAACAGACCAGAUGGCUGAGAGAUAAUUGGAAAGUGUUAUCCUUUUUAGAGAAGAAUAUUGAAAGGAUUUAGAUGUGAGUUUUGUUGAAAAAUAAAUAAAUCUAGGAGGCACAUGACAAGAUGACAGUGGUACAGUGGUGCAACUAGGGAAUUUUUAGACUCUGGACUUUAAUGGUCAUAUGUAUUGUUUUAAAAUCUGGAUUUGGAGUUCCGUUGCUCAUUCUGCUGAAUGGGGUCCCCAAAGCAUGCCCUCAAAUCCUACCCUGAAAGCACCACUGCUAGAAGGACAUUCUGACCGAACUGGGUGUCUUUAAUUGAGAGAAGAUGAUGUUUAGGACAGAGACGAGAUGCUCACAUUGACGGCUUCCAUAUAUUUAAGUGAACAUUGAAAAAGAAGAGUGAAAGGAAGGUGGCUGCACCCACAUUUAAAGCCCAUGGCUUUUCCCAAAGAAUCCUAGGAAUUGUAGUUUGUUAUGGUUGCUGGGGGUCGUGGCUAAGUGAAGGAUAAACUACCAUGCCUUUAAAGCACGUAGGUUCUCCCAAAGAAUCCUAGGAACUCUGUCUGUGUACGCACCAUAUAUUGAAAGCACAUUUAAAACACAUGGCUUCUGCCAAAGAAUCCUGGGAUCUGGAGUUUACCCCCACAGACCUACAAUUCCCAGUACCCUUAACAAAUUACAAUUCCCAGAGUUCUUUGGGAGAUGUCAUGUGCUUUAAAUGUAUUCUAUGUUUACACAGCCACAGUUCCCAGGAAUCUGUGGGGGAAGUCAUGUGCUUUAAAUUGGUGGUGGCCGGUGGCUCCAUGUCAGUGGGGCAGUGGAAUCCACUCUGGGUUUUCAUCCAAACUCUAAAUGACUAAAACCCGGAGCAGAUUCCACUGCCCCACUGACAUGGAGCCACCGGCCACCACUGCUUUAAAUGUAUGGCGGCUAUGCAGAUGGUGGUUCACUGUAUCCACUGACAGAAGCAACAGGCUGAAAAGGAAAGGAAGUGCAGUUUGGUUUAAGUAAGAGAGAAAAUAUCCUCAAUGUAAGAUCCUUUCAAGGAUUCUAAAAUGCCUAAGGGGCAUAUAGCCAUAGGAGGGAUAAAGUUGACAUAUUUAUGUUUUAAAAUACCAAUACCUCAGCACUGGCCAACCUUUCAAUGAUAAGUUUCCUGUCUUUUUCGUAGUUGUGUAGGUGAUUGGCAAAAUCUUGGUUGUAUAGCCUUGAUUAUUACAAAAGACAAUAGAUGGAGCAGACACUGCUGGGACGUUACAGCAGCGUGUGAUUCUCUUAUGCGUGUGUUGAAGAGCUCAGUGAUUUAUGUUCAAGGCCAGAAAUCUCUGCCCACAUGUGCCUUAGUAAAUGUCCUUCCUCACUGGAUAAGUGAGAAGUUACUAAUGGAACAAAGCUGCCUGGCAAAGAGUUCUGUGUAACUUUAACGUUUGCAAAUUCUUGUUCCAACAGAUGUUGGGCCAAUAAAACAUAGCACUUUA